CAUUUUGUCAGCCAUUUCCUACACAGGUCUACCACCAGCGUCUGUGCUGCACAGCUCAGGACGUCUGGCCUCAGCAGCUUCAUCUGCCCGGGCUCGGAGAGAGAACCUGCUGCGGACCCGGACCACACGGCCCCCGGCUGGAACAGAAACUAGUCGAACGGGGUCCCUUGCUCUCUUGCCCCGCAGGACCGGAGCGGUCACAAGUCAGACAUGGCUUUGAAGAUUGUCAAAGGGAGCAUCGAUCGGAUGUUCGACAAAAACCUUCAGGAUUUAGUACGUGGCAUCAGAAAUCACAAGGAAGAUGAGGCCAAAUACAUCUCCACGUGCAUCGAUGAGAUCAAACAGGAGCUCAAGCAGGACAACAUCGCUGUCAAAGCCAAUGCUGUGUGCAAGCUCACCUACCUUCAGAUGCUGGGCUAUGACGUCAGCUGGGCCGCUUUCAACAUCGUUGAAGUCAUGAGUUCUUCGAAGUUCACAUACAAGAGGAUUGGUUACUUAGCAGCCUCACAGUGCUUUCACGAGAGCACAGAUGUCAUCAUGCUGACAACUAAUCAGAUUCGAAAGGAUCUCAGUAGCCCCAACCAGUAUGACACCGGUGUUGCCCUCACUGGCCUCUCUUGUUUUGUGACUCCUGACCUGGCUCGGGAUCUUGCUAAUGACAUCAUGACAUUAAUGUCCCACACUAAACCUUACAUCAGGAAGAAAGCUGUGUUGAUCAUGUAUAAGGUGUUUUUGAAGUACCCAGAGUCCCUCCGCCCUGCUUUCCCAAGGCUUAAGGAGAAACUUGAGGACCCAGACCCAGGUGUCCAGUCAGCAGCUGUCAACGUUAUCUGUGAGCUGGCCAGGAGAAAUCCCAAGAACUAUCUGUCUCUGGCUCCACUUUUUUUCAAACUUAUGACCUCUUCUACUAAUAACUGGGUUCUCAUUAAGAUCAUCAAACUGUUUGGUGCACUCACACCUCUGGAACCAAGACUGGGGAAGAAGCUUAUUGAACCUCUGACAAAUCUAAUUCACAGUACUUCUGCCAUGUCUCUGCUGUAUGAAUGUGUCAACACUGUAAUUGCAGUGUUGAUUUCUUUGUCCUCUGGGAUGCCUAACCACAGUGCUAGUAUCCAGCUCUGUGUGCAGAAACUGCGAAUCCUGAUAGAAGACUCGGACCAGAACUUGAAAUACUUGGGUCUGCUCGCCAUGUCAAAGAUUUUGAAGACCCAUCCCAAAUCAGUGCAGUCUCAUAAAGACCUCAUCCUUCAGUGUCUGGAUGACAAAGAUGAAUCCAUUCGUCUCAGAGCCUUGGACCUCCUCUAUGGCAUGGUAUCUAAGAAGAAUUUGAUGGAGAUUGUAAAGAAGCUGAUGCUACAUGUUGACAAAGCUGAAGGAACCACCUACAGAGAUGAACUGCUCACCAAGAUCAUUGACAUUUGCAGCCAAAGCAACUAUCAGUACAUCACAAACUUUGAGUGGUACAUCAGUAUUCUGGUGGAGCUGACUCGAUUGGAGGGCACACGGCACGGCCACCUCAUUGCCUCUCAAAUGCUGGAUGUUGCCAUUCGGGUCAAAGCCAUCCGAGUAUUUGCUGUUGCCCAAAUGGCAACUCUGCUGGAUAACGCCCACCUGUUGACUGGCAAUACGCAGCGAAAUGGCAUCUGUGAAGUGUUGUACGCUGCAGCCUGGAUCUGCGGCGAGUUCUCAGAACACCUGGAGAACCCAAUGCAGACAUUAGAGGCCAUGCUGCGCCCAAAGGUGGCUACCCUCCCAGGCCACAUCCAGGCUGUGUAUGUUCAAAACUCAGCCAAGCUGUUUGCCACUGUGCUGAAGAGUCAGGAAGGGGACACGGACAGCACAGCAGCACAGGAAGCCAGUCAGCUGAUGAUAGACCGGCUACCACUGUUUGUCCAGAGUGCCAACCUCGAAGUGCAGGAGAGGGCAUCCUGCAUCCUGCAACUGGUCAAGUACAUCCAGAAGCUUCAGCAGAAGGAUGUAGAAGUGGCAGAAGAAGUUUGUGCGUUGUUUGCUGGAGAACUCAACCCCGUGGCCCCUAAAGCACAGAAGAAAGUUCCUGUUCCUGAAGGCCUGGAUCUGGAUGCUUGGAUCAAUGAGCCUCCAUCUGAAAGUGAGUCAGAGGAUGAGCAACCAAAGGCAAUUUUUUCCAAGGAGGAGCCGAAACACUCGCGUCCCCGUCACACAGAGGUGGAUGAGAAAGAGCUGGCCAGGAGGAGAGAAGCCAGAAAGCAGGAGCAAGCUAACAAUCCAUUUUACAUCAAGGCAUCCCCAUCCUCUCAAAAGGUGUAUCAAGAAGCUCCUGGAGUGGAGCACAUUCCAGUAGUGCAAAUUGACCUCAGCGUGCCUCUCAAAGUCCCAGGUCUGCCCAUGUCUGACCAGUAUGUGAAGCUGGAGGAGGAGCGCCGCCAGAAAGCGAGAGCGGAGAAGAAGAAGAAGGAGAAAAAGAAGAAGAAAGAAAAGCGCAGUGGACGAGGGAAGAAACACGAUUCCGGUCCUGAGAGCGAAGAGGACAUUGCACCUGCACACAUGGUCGACAUUGUAACGGAGGAGAUGCCAGAGAAUGCCUUACCCAGUGAUGAUGAUGAAAGAGACCCCAGUGACCCGCACAAAGCUCUGGACAUUGACCUGGACAAUUUGGUGGAAUCGGCUGGGCGCAGGCCGCUUGCAGACAACGAGAAGCUGCCGGUCAGGUCCCAUCGUGCAGUCGAGAUUCAGAAAAGCCCAGUAGAAGAUGGAGAGAGAGAAAAUGCCACUUCGGAGGAACCCAAGAAGAGCAGCAAAGAAAAGAAGGAGAAGAAGGAUAAAGACAGGGAUAGAAAGAAGAGCAAAGAAGAAAAAAAGAAGAAGAAACACAAAACCGAAGGAAAAAAGGAGGACCUUCUUGGUAGUCAGAUGGAUGAACCUGUGGUCCAAUCAGACGAAACAAAUGAAGUGGCAGCACCACCUGCUUCCACCUCUGCAGAGGUUUCGGAUCUGGAUUUCUGGCUCUCAAACGCUCCGGUGCCCUCUAAUACCCAGGAAGUAGCGACAGUAGCAGCAGCAGCUCCAGCGCCUGGGGCACCCUCUGUCACAGCGCCAGACUCCGAGCCUGAUGAACCCAAAGACACAGAAAUCGAGGAGCUGAAGUCCUCCAAACACAAGAAGAAGAAGCAGAAAAAGGAGAAGGAAGACAAGGAGAAGAAAAAGAAGAAGAAGCAUCAUCACCAUCAUCACCACAGUGACGGCGGUGGAGAAGAGUCGGUGCAGAAUGGGACUAUGGAGGAGGAAGAGCCUCUCCCGCCCAUGUCCAAUUACUGCCUGCUGGCUGAGAACAACUACAUUAAGAUGGUGAGUGAUAUCCAGGGGAACUUACAGGACGGCAGUCAGGUGGUUGUCUCUGUUAUAUUUGAGAACAAGUGUGACAGCUUCCUAAAAUCCAUGGAGUUCAACGUAAUGGAUUCUCUGAACUCCAAGCUGCAGAGGCCAGAUGGCUCAAGUCCACAUGAUGGCCUCGUUGUCCCCUUUCAGCUUCCUCCUGGAGUUUCCAACGAGGCAAGGUUUGUCUUCACUGUGCAAAGCAUCGUGAUGCCACAGAAACUGAAGGGAACUCUGACCUUUAUUGUCAAGAAUGAAGACUCGUCUACUCAUGAGAAACUGGACUUUAAACUGCACUUUACCUGCACCUCCUACCUAAUCACUACUCCUUGUUACAGUGAUGCUUUUGCAAAGCUGCUGGAGUCGGGGGACCUGAAGAGCAGCUCCAUCAGACUGGAGGGGGUUAACAUGCCCUUCCACCAUCUACUGGCCAGGAUCUGCUUUCACCACCACUUCUCUGUUGUGGAGAGGAUCGACUCCUGUGCCUCCAUGUACAGCAGGUCCAUUCAGGGUCACCAUGUCUGUUUGCUGGUCAAAACAUCUGGUCAAACCGUAACCAUUGACGCUAAGUGUGACGAGCCAACACUGCUUGGGAAUGUGCUGGAUGAGAUCAAGCAGACCUUUUCUCAGUGCUGAUUGUGUCUGACUGCCCCAGGGUGCCCCUACUCCCACUGACCCUUCCACGCCACCCACUCCGUCACUGAAACACAACAUAAUCACGUCACAAAACACUGCGGCUAGCACCUCCAGCUUAUUUAUUAGUCCUCAGAUUCACAAUAUUUCUUUUUCCUUCUUCAGCACCUCAUUUUGCUUCUCCUCUGCACUCAGCUCUGCGCUCACUCAGUGUUGUUUUACAAACUUUGUGUCCACACGCUUCAUCUUUUCUGCAGCGCACUUUGAUUUUUACUUCCUGAUUUUCAAGCAGCCUCCUUCUCACACCCUGACUGUACUGAGCCCCUGUUUCUGGAUGCCCUCACGUCCUGUGCUCUUUCCAACGUUACCUUUCUGCACUCCACAGAUCCUGCUGGCAUUUCAGUCUGUGACAGUCCUGCAGUGUAAUGUUGACAACUGGUCAUUUGCUGUUGAUGGGUGAAUUGUAUUUUUACUGUUUGGGAGUUUUACGUUUUUGUCUGUAGUUUGUUUUUGUUUGAUGGUUUGGUUCUCUUUUGUUUUUCUUAUUAUUAUUUGAAGCCUGUCUUUGUCUCGACCCCUUCUUUCUGCUCACUGAACAUCACUGCAUCUCAUUUGUGUAGGCCUGAAAAACACAAUAUUGGGCAGCUGUAUUGAUGAUAGCAUAGAAUAGAAAACGAUGCUGAAUACACUAAAAGGUAGAGAGUUUAACUUGUACAGCAUAACUUGUGUCCUACCUGCUUGUUGUUAGGACUAGGAGCAUGCUCGCAGGGUCAUCAAGAAACUUGGAGCUAAAGAUCAGACUGCGAAAUUUGAUGUCUGCUCUUUAACCCUUUAUAAAACUUGUAAAACUCCACAUAAUUCCUAAAGGAUUUAGUUGCUGAUUUAAGUGUGCUAAUUUCCUCCCAAGACUUUAAACAUGUCAUUGUUUUCACAGCGAUUUGAAUCUUUAAGUUGAAUAGUGCAAAUUAUGGAAGAGUGUACAGCGUUAAGAUGAAAUUACUGUUUCAGCCUAGGUCAGUCGUCUUGAAGUCGCAGACGGUUUGGAUGUUAUGCAGGAUUUCCUGGUUGUGUCAACUGUUGAAGAGAUCUCGUGUUGCACAUUUUCUAUUAUGCCCUUCUUGAAAGUCAACAUUUAAACAGGGUAGGAACUAUACGCAAAAUAUCCACUGGCAGACAAAUCCAGCUUCCUCUGAAUCAGUAUUGGUCAAACUGGCUUCCACUGAGAGGGGGUAUUUACUGUCUUCAUGUGUUCUUGUGAAAUAUUUGCGUCCGUGCCACUUUUUCUUCACGGUAAUUCUACCAGUGCUGGCUAACGCCCAGCUGACAUGCAUCCUUGAUGUUUCUUUGCCCUUUAGAAACUGCCUUGCUUGUUUUUGUGCAUUAAUGUGUCACGAGAAGCAUGAACGAAGAACUGGCCCUUCUAUUAUGAGCCUCUCAGAGGUAUUAAGAUGUUUCAGUUUGCAUCAGUCAUGUUUGAGCUCGCUUUCCCUGUCCAGCGUAUAUUUUCUUAACAAGAAGAAAACUAACUUGGUAGAGUUUGUUCAUAUUUACUGGUAAGGCCCCGUUCACAUUUGUCUGCUAUUGUAGGGAACUACAAUGUCUGUGACCAGAAGGUCAGGUCAGGCCAUGCCACUAGAUGUUCAUUCUUGUAAACUCAGAGGUUGUUUUUUUUCAGAAAAAGAUAAUUAUGCAUUCCUUUUUCUUGGAAGUGACUGAUCAUCAGCAAAUCAAAGAAACUGCGCGUUUCACUAUGUUUAUUAUGAUCAUUUUGUGCAUAAUAUAAGAUAAAUUUGUAUAUUGCAUGAUUAGGAAUGUGCUUUUAUUUCUUGGACAUGCUUA